AAGUUGGAGAAAGGCACAAUUCAUCAAACGACACUUGUCCACAAAGAAAAUUAUGAAAUACAUCGAUCCCUUCACUUUGGUCUUAUGUAACAAACAACAAAGUUAGAAAUAAUAAUAUAAACAUUUAAAAUUAAUACAGUCCCAAAGAUGACUUUAUAGCAGUUAAGGACAAGAAAUUAAGGAAGACCGUACUUAGGUUGGGCCUCAGCUACCGGUCAUCGACGUGACUAUCAAACCACUACACACCCCAAAGACCCAAAACUUUUAACCUACCAAUCCCUCCAUUAUCAAACCCCCAAUCCAUUCCCCUCUAUUUAAAUCUUAUCAUUUUUUUCCAUUUCUCCCCACCUCCAUCACUGAACUUUCAAUUUUUCCCCUUUUAAAGGAAAGGUACAAGAACAGUUCUAUCAUGGGUAGCUUAACCCCGUAUGUCCCCGAAGCCGGUCCUACUUUAAUCAUUGGCUCUACUGGUUUCAUCGGCCGGUUUGUUACUGAAGCUAGCCUUGACUCAGGCCGGCCAACCUACAUCUUGGUCCGGUGUGGCCCAACGUCUCCCGCUAAGUCUGCCGCUGCCAAGCUCCUCCAAGACAAGGGUGCCACCAUUAUUCAUGGCACCAUCAACGACCGUGAAUUUAUGGAGAGGGUGAUGAGGGAACGUAAGAUAGAAGUUGUGAUAUCUGCCGUUGGUGGUGAGAGCAUCUUGGACCAGCUUCAUCUGAUCGAGGCCAUCAAGAAUGUCGGUACCAUAAAGAGGUUUUUUCCGUCGGAAUUCGGACACGACAUCGAUAGGGCAGAUCCGGUGGAGCCAGGCCUCAGCAUGUACAAUGGGAAAAGGAAGAUUAGACGGUGCAUUGAGCAGGCUGAGAUUCCAUACACUUACAUUUGCUGCAACUCCAUCGCGGCUUGGCCCUACCAUGACAACACUCAUCCCGCCGACGUCCUCCCUCCGUUGGAUCGCUUCCAAAUCUAUGGAGAUGGUUCUGUCAAAGCAUAUUUUGUGGCGGGGUCUGAUAUCGGAAAGUUCACGAUAGCAACAAUAGACGAUGAUCGGACAAUCAAAAAAUCGGUGCAUUUCCGGCCACCGAGCAAUCUACUGAACAUCAAUGAGAUGGCUUCCCUAUGGGAGGAAAAAAUUGGCCGCGUUCUUCCUAGGGUUACCGUCACAGAAGAUGAUCUCCUUGACAGAGCCAAAGAGAUGCGCAUCCCACAGAGUGUUGUGGCAGCAUUUACACAUGACAUCUUUAUAAAGGGAUGCCAAAUAAAUUUCUGCCUGGACAAGCCCACCGAUGUUGAAGUCUGCUCUCUUUAUCCGAAGGAAUGCUUCCGGUCUGUCAACGAGUGCUUCGACGACUUCAUCAAGAAGAUCGCCGACAAGAAUCCGAAAGCGAUAAGCAAGCCAGCAGCCAGCAAAAAUGGCAUCUUCGUCCCCAAAUCUGAUCGAGAACCGCUGGCAAUCACCGCCUAAUUGUGACUAAUUUACCUCCUUCAUUUACAUCAAUAUUUCUUUCACUUCUUCUGUGAAGAUGAAAUCAUCGGAUCAACAUAUAAUUCCUCCAGAUUUUUACAUAUUGUUGUACUUGCAGAUGACCAUGUUUGAGAAUAACAACUCCCCUGUUGUGGCGUUCAAUCCCACAUCAGGAGGAAAGUGUGUGAGUGUGCGGGAGAGUAUCAAUUAUAGAACUUUAUCUUGAGAAAUUUAAUGAAAUAAAUUUCACAAC